AUGCGUGAAUGAAUCCUUUUUUUUAAUUGUGUAAUGAUUAUCAUCUUAAUAAUCAACAAUCAUCAUGUAUGCCACGUGUGGAGUUUCUUAAAAAAAUUGAUUAUACCCUUUGGUAUAAUAAAAAAUAAUGCUUCGACUAAAAGUUUAUGAUAAUUAUUAUCGAGAUUCAUCCCACACUUGAUUCACAAAGGAAGUAAAUUAUCGUAUGAUGAGACUCAGGCAGGAAUAGUAAUGCAGUUAUUCUAACAUGGUCCCUAAAAAAGCUAUCAUUUUUUCAUCAUACACUUCUUUAAUUAGCGUUUACGUUUUAUUAUGUAUAAUAGUGAUAAUUAUAAAAAACAAUUAUUUUUCUCUGAUUUUAACAGAAUUAAAAAAAAAGAAUAAUGAUGCACCUGCUGGCAAUAAUCAUCAUUAUAACAUUCGAGAUAAAACUGAUGAAUUAAAAACAUUAGAUCUUAGUAUUGAUGUGUCAGAAAUUGAUUCAACAAUUGAACGAGUCUUCAAUACCUGUGACAAUUAUAACUUAGUUACUCAAUUGAAACCAAAACAUUUUUUGCACAGUAAAAAGCAUAAUGUUCUUUUUUGUUGGAUAAGAAAAGUUGCUUCAAAAAGUUUUACAAAAUUUUUUGCUGAUCUAGAAGACUAUCAAAUUAUGAGAGAUUCUUACGAUAGAGAACUUGACUCUUUUGAUGUAGAGAAUGUUGAAGAUCUGGUAAAUUUGAUUGAUGACAGAAAUACUUUUAAAUUCUUUGCUGUAAGGCACCCUUUCGUCAGAUUAGUCUCUUCAUAUAGAGACAGGAUUGAAGACAACUCAAAAUAUUCUGCUCAAGCAUGGAUUUAUGUUCCUAAAAUAUUUCAUAUAACUCGACCGCAAUUAUUUUACCGUAAUAAAUCAACAAGUCCUUUGUAUAAAAUAUUUGACAGAGAUCGCAGAUUAAAAAUAAUUCCUACUUUUAAAGAAUUUAUAAUUGGACUACUGAAACAGCCUGAAUCUUUGAGUGAUUUCCAUUGGAGUCCAUACUACUCUCAUUGCUCAGUGUGUCAAGUCAACUUUGAUUACAUCUUAAAAUUAGAUAAUUAUUCAAUAAAGGACUUUAGCUUUAUAUUUGCUAACGCAGGAAUUAAUCAAAAUAACUGGGAGUUUUCAAACAUAGGAAUGAAUAUGAAAGGGAGCAACGAAUUUUCAAAUUACAUGUUCUUACUUAUCGACUCUAUCAUUAGAUAUGUUUUACAAAUUAUAUGCAAAAUAUAGAUAGAUUUCGAAAUGUUUGAUUAUGACUAUAAAAUGUAUGAAAAUUGUAUUAAAAAAUAGACCAUUUUACAAGAAAUAGAAAUAAGUUUUUAUUACUUUUAAA